AGAUUCCAGAACUAAAACAUAUUCAUGAGCAGGUAGUAUGCUUUGUUAUGAAAUGGAGUAUGUUUACCUGAAAUCACUUUUAUUUUCAUCCAUCGAUGCAAGUUAUCAAUGUUUGUUUUUAAACAAACUCAUGAUUUGAAACACUUAUAUCGCUCACCGUUGAAUAAAAAGCAAACAUUAUAAAUAAAUUAAACAAUUUCUAUUUUAAUUGUGCCUAGUCAUAUUAAUAUAAUAUUAUAAUAAUGGCAUUGUAUUUUGAUAAUCGAAUUCAAAAUCUAGUAUCUUCUUCAAUCAAUAAUUAUGCUAUUUGGCACCCGAAUUUUCCAUUAUUGGCUAUUGCUGGUUAUUCACAAAAUAAAGGUAUUUAUGUUACUAUCUACGAUGAUCACGGUCAAUUAAUUCACGAUUUAAAAUCUCAUGAAGUUUCAAUUUUUCAAAUUUCGUCACUUAGUUGGCACCCAAAACUGAAAUUAUUAAUAAUUGGUAAAGAUAAUGGUAGCAUUCAAAUUUGGACUGAGGAUUUUGAACAGAAUGAGUUUACUGAAGUCGGAACACCGCACAGAGAUUCUAUUACAUUAUUAGAAUGGAGUCAGAAUGGUGGCAGAUUAGUAUCUGUGGAUGCAGCAGGAUCUAUCGUUGGAUGGAGAGUAGAUAAUAAAGGUCAACUAUUGAUUAUAUUUCAUCAUGAACUACAGAAGUCGUUUACUCAGAUUACUUUCAAACCAAUAGUAUUUACACCGAAAAAUUUAAAUAACGAAAAAAUUAUUGCCGAUGAUAAUCGAUCAUUAAAUUUAUUUAACAAUUGGAGACCAAGAACAGCAGUUCAAAUUCCUCAGUUCCAAAAAGAUAACUAUGCUUUUUUUAUUGGAUCUUUAGAUGGAUUUAUUUAUUAUAUUGAUACAAAAGGCCAUUGCAAAGAAGUAUUAAAUACAGGUGGAAUAACAUUAUGUGGUUUACUCCACCAUCAAUCAAGAGAUUCAAUAGUUGUAAUGACAGAAGGAUUUAACGUGAGUCAAUUUCAAAUUGAUUCUUUCACUGGAGAACUUACAGAAAUGAUAAAAGUCAAGUUGUCUGGUAAAAGUAAUGAUUUUAAAGUAAAAAAUACGUUAUGUUGGAUCGGAAACAAUACUCUAGCCAUUCUUACCGGGGAAUUGAGUUUAAGAUGUUGGAAUUUACAAAAUGGUAAUACGUAUGUUUUAUCUCCAACAAUGUUAACGUCUGAAAAUGUAUCUAACUUUCAAGAAGUUUAUAUUAGCUUUACAUUUUGUAAAAUUAAUCAAACUUUAGCAGCAGGAACUAAUUUAGGAACUAUUCAUUUUUGGAAACGAGAGUUUUUAACAUGUAACAAUGAAUAUGGCUGGCCUUUUACUCCAAAAUCUUGCGCUGUUGAUGGUACAGUGAAACAAUUAACGUGGGGUGGUGCUUUUUUGAGAUAUCCUGUUUUUGCAGCUAAUUGUGUUGCUAACGUAUUUAUUUUUCACGAACAACCUAUGUGCGCUGCUUACAAUGUAGAUAUUUGUGUCUGUCAAGUUUCACCAACUAAAUUAAUAAUAGAAAAAGAAAAUGAAUCUUGUAGUUUAAUUACCGACAUUCAAGUACAGAUGUUAGCUAUAAAUAAAAUUUAUAUCGCCGUUUCUUCAGGAAAACAAAUAGUAACUUAUAGUAUUCAUAAAAGUGAGGUAUUACACACAUUAAUUGAACAAUCCUUUCAGUGUGAUGUUGAAAAAAUUCUUAUUUAUGAAUCUACAUUGAUUAUAUUGACUGCUUCUCUUAUUCAACUCAGAACAAUAAAAGGAAAUGUUAUUCAAAAUUUACCAAUAUUACCUGAAGAAGGUGAGCCCAUUACAAUGGAAUUAACAGGACAAUACUUAACAGUUGCAUCGAUUAAUGGUAUAUUAAAGAUUUGGGACUUGAAUAAGCGUUUAGCAAAACUUCAUACACGAACUCUUGCAGUGUAUGAUGUUAUAAAAGAUUUUGCCGAAAUUAUUGAAGCAAAAUGUAAUUCAGAUUGUCGAUGUGUAUCAAUUACUGUUGCUACUUCAAAUUUAUUACCUAGUUCGAUUUUAUAUAUAUGGGAUAUUGAGGGUGACCAAAUUUUUGAAUUUGACUAUGCCAAAUUAAGUGAAAAUCACCAAAACUAUUCAGAAGUUAUUUCAAAAUCACAGGGAAGAUUUGUGGUAACACAUUGUUGGGAUGUAAUAGAUCCCCGAGUACUUGUCUGUCAAACUCAAACAAUUCCAACUUAUAAUAUUCAAAAUUUUUGUAAUCCUAAACGAAUGUCAAAUGUUUUCAAAAAUAUUGUAUUAGUUUCAAUGUUUAUUACUCCUGAGCAUGGUAUAACAAUCCAUGAUUAUCGUUCUUUAGAGGAAUUUUAUUGUCGUCUUAUAGAAGUUAAAUCUCCUCAUAUUAUUGUUUUUGAUUCAGAAAAGGAAGGUCAUGGAAGUAAAUUAACCAAGUUAUUUAUGAGAGAGUUUGAAGAAUUAGGUUUUUGUGAUGAAACUAUUAAAAAAGCUAUUAUGGAUUUUAGUUUUCAUAUAAGCAUGGCUAAUACAGAUGAAGCAUUCAAAUCAAUUAAAACUAUUAAAAAUGAAGCUGUGUGGAGAAGUCUUGCUAAAAUUUGUGUAAAAACAAAACAAUUAAAUAUGGCUGUUCUUUGUUUAGGCCAUAUGAAAUGUGUAAGAGGUACAAAAGCUUUUAGACAAAGUAUUAUAAAUUCAAAUUUAAAUUUGGAAACGAAAAUCGCGAAUCUUGCUGUUGAAUUAGGACUUUAUGCUGAUGCUGAACAUUUAUUUCGUGAAGCUGGAAGGUUAGAUCUUCUUGGUAAUUUUUUGGAAACUUGUAACAGACAUUCUGAAGCUAUAACUCUAGCAGUAAAUGAAAAUAAAAUAAGUGAAAAAUUGAGUUAUUAUAAUUAUGCAAAAAUAUUAGAACAACAAGGAAAUGUUGAAGAAGCAAUUAAAAUGUACACAAAAGCAAAUAGUGACAAAUUUGAAAUAUCGAAAAUUUUAUUUAAUCAGCCUAAAGAACUUCAUAGUUACCUUGCGGCUUCAAAUGACAAGGAUAUAAAAAACUGGUAUGCUCAAUAUAUUGAGUCUACAGGGGAGAUUGAAUGUGCAUUACGUCUUUACGAAAAUGAAAAAAAUACGUUAGCUGCAACUAGAAUACUUUGUUUUCUUGGUCGUGAUGAAGAAGCUUGUAAUUUGGUAAUGAAAACAAACCAUGCCGCUUCUGCAUAUCAUUUAGCGGCAUUUUAUGAAUCAGUCAAUAAUAUUACUCAAGCAGUCCAUUUUUAUACAGUAUCAAAAGCAUAUUCUAAUGCAGUUCGGAUUUGUAAGGAAAAUCGAAUGAUUGAGGAACUUUGGCCUCUAUCAGUUUUAGCUCCUAGACAGUUAAAGAUUGACAUAGCAAAAUAUUAUGAAGAUAAUGACCAACCAGAUAAGGCAAUAUUAUUAUAUCAUCAGUCGUGCAUCUUUCCAAAAGCCCUCGCUCUAGCUUUUAAUACACAACAAUACGAUAUUUUACAUUCAAUUACUUCUGAUUUAAAUUCUGACACUGAUCCAACAUUUAUUAUAAAAUGUGCAAAUUUUUUCGAAAAAAAUAAUAGAAUUGAUAAAGCCAUACAAUUAUUAGCUAAAAGUAAAAAAUUCGUAGAAGUAUUAAAUUUGAUUCAGAAAUAUAACGUUCCACUAACUGAAGAUCUAGCCGAAGAGAUAACAAUUGGCAAAGCGAAUAAUGAUAUAGAGAGUGAACGUAUACGAAUUUUAACUUUGGAAAAAGUCGGGGAAAUAGCAUUUGAGCAAGGAAAUUAUCAUUUAGCAACUAAAAAAUUUACUCAAGCUGGAAAUAAACUCAAAGCAAUGAAAGCUCUUUUAAAGUCUGGAGAUACUGAAAAAAUUUGUUUUUUUGCACAAGUUUCAAGACAGCGAGAUAUCUAUAUUAUGGCUGGAAAUUAUUUACAAUCAUUAGACUGGCAGAACCAGCCAAAUAUUCUUAAAAGUAUUAUUAAUUUUUAUUCAAAAGCUAAAACAAUGGAUUUACUGUCUAACUUUUACAUUGCAUGUGCUCAAGUUGAGAUUGAUGAAUUUCAAAACUAUGAAAAAGCAAUAGAUGCAUUCAAUCAAGCAAUUAAAUGUGUGUCGCAAGUAAUUUCACCGAAAGAUCCGAUGUUACAUAAGCAGGUUGUUGAUGCGGUCAAUAAAAAAAUAAUGAUAAUAAAACGGUUUUUGGACAUUAAAAACUGAUUUCAUAGAAAUCUACUUAUUGUAUUGGUCUUCGUGACGAAACUUUUGAAAAAUUUUGCUAUAUUUACAUAUAUCUCAUAUAUAUAUGUAAGCAACGCUAUUCUUAUUGCCGGGGCUGACGGCUGUCGAGUAUUGUGAGGCCCGAGAUCUGUGACGUAAGGUCUUACCCCCAGCCCGUGACAAGACUCGCCCCCACUCAACGAGGGUUGAGAGGACUACGAGAGAGAUUGUUAGGGGCAUUCCGACGCCACCCUUCAGGAGGACCUCACGCGAUGGGUCCUAGUACAACGUCCCCCAGUCAUUGUCAUCCCUUAAUUAUAUUGGCUUUUAUUAGAUGUCUCAUUCCGUAGUCAUUGUCGGGUUAUUACUUGUAGAUGUAUAAAUAAAUAUGAGUGGUAUACAAAAUAUAAACCUCGA